UGAAGAUAAGUCACAACUCGAACCCGAAGCUCGUCGUUCGACAUGCGGUACGAACGGCACCAGGGUGGACGCGGGCCGCGGCCUGUGACGUGACUUGGCGUGGCCCAAACAAGUUGACUUUUUCUGCCAAGUUUCUGCGAUGGCUACCCAUCCGCAUCCCCGGCUUUCUUGUCUGCUGCUCUUGGCGCUCCUUCUGGCUCAGGCCUCGAGCCAACACUACUUCCUGCUGCGCCCGGUGCCCAGCGACCAUCUCCCGGUCGUGGAGCUCAAGGAGGACCCGGACCCUCUGCUGGACCCCCGCGAGAAGGACCUGAACGAGACGGAGCUGCGGGCUGCUCUGGGCGGACACUUUGAUGUGAACUUCAUGUCACCGCUGCUCCCGUCUGACUUGGACGAGGACGAAGACCCGGACUCGGAGGCCGCGGGGGACCCGGAGUCGGACCAGCACGCGCGGCUCGGCCCGAUGCCCAAGGACAUCCGCGCUAUGGACUUCGAGGUGCAGCUCGGCAAGAAGCUGAAGCCGAGCAAGAAGCUCCGUCGCCGGCUGCAGAUGUGGCUAUGGUCGUACGCCGCGUGCCCGGUGCUCCACACCUGGACCGACCUGGGCGUCCGCUUCUGGCCGCGCUACGUCAAGGCGGGCCGCUGCUCCAAUAAGCGCUCGUGCUCUUUGCCGGAGGGCAUGCGCUGCGCCCCCGCUAAGGCCAAACACUUGACGCUGCUCCGGUGGAGGUGCGUGCAGAGGAAGGCGGCUCUCAAGUGCGCCUGGAUCCCUGUACAAUACCCCGUGGUGUCCGAGUGCAAGUGCUCGUGCACGAACUGAUUGACGGAGUGACGAGGGAUUGACUUGGUGUGCAAAUUGCACUGUUUCCCAACCUGAAAGGACCUCAUUUAGGCACAUAUUUGACUCUAGAAAAAUCCCACGUUCCCCCAAAACUGCAGUGGUGCUUUGAGACACGACUAUGAUUCGCUCGAAACUCAAAACACUGGCGUCUCAAAUAUAUUCCCUUUAUCAAUAUACAGUGAUCGCUCGUUUUUCGCGGUUAAUGGGGACCAGAAACCGCUGCGAUAAGUGAAAAACCGCCCCCCAAUUUUUAAAAAAAAAUUUAAAUAUUUUUUUUCUUUUAUUUUUGUGUUCAAUGUAUUUAUUCCGAUUUAGGAUUGGAAAGAUUAUAUAUACAUAUACAGAGUGAUUCAAAAAGAAUCAAGCCCAAAUCAUCACGCAUUUAUCCAAUUUAAAAUCACUGAAAGACUGAAAUAUUAAUUUAAUUAAUUAGCUAAACAUAUUUAAUUAAGAUUAAUUCAUUAAUUAAUAAUUUCAUAAGAAUUAAAAGUCUUUUUAACAGGUAAGUAAUUUUUACAAACUAAAAGUCAUAUUGGCUUGAUGUUGUCCGUGCCACUGGUAGUGGUCACAUUGAGCUCUUGUAAAGCAUACAAUAAAAACUUGAAGUUAUAUACAAUUCUUGUAUCCAGCUAAUUAUUGAUUUAUUUAUUUUUUUAAUAUACCGGAAUGGUUUUGGCACACUUUUUGAAUCACCCUGUAUAUAAGAUGUUUUUUCAUUUUUUCCCCCAAAGUAUAAUGUAUAUAUAUAUAUAAUUGUUUUUAAGCACUUCAAAUGUAAUAAAUCUAAUAAAUUUUAAACAUUUUACUGUCCCACCAUAUUAUUUUUAAACAGGAAUAAAGCAGAAAAAUGCUUGGCUUUAUUAAAUGCUUCAUUCAGUGAGUCCACUAAAAUCCAAAGUUGCUCACUUACACACAGUGAGUUGCCAUAGCAACUGUUUAACAAGUUAAACAAUGAUUGACGCAUGCAGCGCUUCGAAGCUCGAUUCUCUGGCAACAUCAACAUCUGAAAAUCAUUGUUAACUAUAAUAAGCAACUCCAGUGCACUUACUGACUGACCAAGAACGAGCAGCGAGAUCGAGAGAGGGAUGGGGAAGUGACACUACGCGAUUGGCUCGGGUCAGCUUAUCUGUUUUGUUUUGUUUUGUUUUUUUAUUUUAAAAAAUCUGCGGUGGACUGAGGCGCGAAGUUUGAAGCGCGAAGUAGUGAGGGAUCACUGUAUUUAUUAACUAAUUGGCAGCCAUUGAUGGUGAUAGAUAUCCAAUCCAUUUCGAAGGCAUCCCCAAUCAAAAUAGACCGGACAUCUAUCACUGUCAAGGUCAGCCAAUGAAUUAAAAGAAAAUGAAAAAAAAAAGCACUCUAAUUUAUGUUGUUAAAAUCUAGAAUUAAAUUAUUUUACUUUAAUUCAAUGGCCUUUGAGCUGCUAUUUGUGUUGUGUACAACUAUGCCACCAGGGGGCGGUGUAAUUUACACAUACAUAUUCAUGAAGACUCACAGCUCCCCAGUUAGCCACAAUAAUAUUUGGCUGUGAGUAUCGUGUUUUUAUGUCUAUAUGCGUUGCUUCGCCAUUUGAUUUCAAUUACCGAUGCUAUUUGUUAGCCCAUGUAUGGAGCAGUACAUUGGUUGUCCGCGUUAAGCUAAUUGGUUAAUGACAUUUAUUGUUUUGU